UCAUAUAAAUAUACACAAGUUUCCAUGGUUCUUUGAGAAAGGAAAAGGGUCUGAUAAUGGAGUUUGACAGCAGUCCACACACUCCCUAUCCUUCCUUGGGCUGGGAUUUCCACACCUUUGAAGUCUUCAAUGCAGACAUGCCUUUGGCUAUGGAAUCUUCCUUCUCAUCAGACUCUUCUACCGGAUAUCUUCAAGAUGCCAUCACCGAAUGGACCAGUCAUUGCAAGCGUAGACGAAUGCUCUUAUAUUCUCAUAAUCAAACCGAAAAUGAAUCAGAUCAUCUUAUUCAAAACUAUUGGAAUCCCAUCCACAAUGAAGAUCCCUUUGCAAGUUUUAGUUGCUUCAGUGAGGAUAAUACUAUAGCUUCAGAUGACAUUUUAAACUCCUCACUAAACAGCGUUAGCAACGGCCCAAAAUCAUCGAUCGAGACAAAAGCACUUGAAGUGACCAUACAUGGAAAUGAACAAGUGUCCUCCUCACCAUCUUCAUACAAGGACUCAGUAACCAAAGGCCCUGAUGAAAAGCACACGUUGGUUUCAAGGGACCCAAUAUCUUCAGGGAGUCCUUGUCGUAGGAGGAAGAGGGUAGGAAAGAGAGUGGCAUACCCAUUUGCACUUGUGAAACCAGGUGGGACCGACGAUGAUGUGACGCUCGACGACAUCAACGAGAGGAUCCUCAUGCGUCCGGUGCGGCCCGUCCGGCACCCGGUCGGAGAAUUUGCCUGCCUUCCAUGUGUGUCUGCGGAUGGGCCUGGCCUAUCGGGUAAAGCUGUUGUGGCCCUUACUCGAAUUCACACACAAGGGAGGGGCACGGUCACCAUUAUCAGGACAAAAGGGUGAGAGAAAUACACCAUAAUUUGGUGUAAAGCUUUUUUAUUUUGGUUGCAUGUAUUUAAGUGUGUAUAAAUGUCUGCAUGUAAUUCUAAUAAACAAGUGGAGUAAUGCUAGUGUUAGUCUAAGCAUUGAGUAGAAA